UGAGGAAUUUUAAUUUGCUUUACGUGUUAUUUUGUUGUUCUGGAUCUCUCCGAUUCAAAUUCUGUUAUUUCGUGCCCCGACAAAACUGGGGUUCUUCAAAAGCAAACAUUUUUUGGAUUUUCGUGUCCUGGAAAGAUGAAUUGUUAAUAUAGUAAAAAGGGCUGUUUCAAAUUGCUUAGCUCGUUCAAUUCAGAAAAUUUUUGAGCUGCCAAACACAAAUAAGUGGAAUUUUAUUGUUUAUUUUAUCAAGGAGCUGGUUAGUAGAAAGACUGGUAAUUUAUGUAACAACGGUUUUCUUGCGGACUAAAUCUGAAGCCUUAUUCAUCAUUCAUUUUUUGAAUCUGAUUGAUGAGGGGAGUUCGGGUGGAUGGCAAUGGUCCUCCACUUAAAGGGUUAACAGAAAUCAAUCACAGUGGUAUGCGGUCUGAGCAGAAUGGAGUAAGAGAUGGAGUUAAUGGUGAUGGACAUGGGCUCUCUGAGGAAGACGAGUCGAGGAUUAAUGAAGACGCUGAGGACAGAAAUGAUAUGCGCAGAGAUUUAAUGCAGGUGCAGGCUGUUCUUCAUACUCAGCAGCAACAGCCUCAAGGCCCUGUGGUUCGCUGGGAGCGUUUUCUUCCUCUUAGGUCCCUCAAGGUUCUGCUUGUGGAAAAUGAUGAUUCUACUCGUCAUGUAGUCAGUGCACUGCUUCGGAAUUGCAGCUACGAAGUUACAGCUGUUGCAAAUGGAUUUGAAGCAUGGAAAAUUUUAGAAGAUUUAACCAAUCACAUAGAUCUUGUUCUAACAGAAGUAGCCAUGCCAUAUAUGUCGGGCAUUGGUCUGUUAUCAAAGGUUAUGAACCACAAAACUCGCAAGAAUGUCCCUUUGAUUAUGAUGUCAUCUAAUGAUUCUAUGGGAGUAGUCUUCAAGUGUUUGUCAAAGGGUGCAGUUGACUUUUUAGUGAAGCCUAUUCGAAAGAAUGAGCUUAAAAAUCUCUGGCAACAUGUUUGGAGAAAAUGCCACAGUUCGAGUGGUAGUGGCAGUGUAAGUGGAAUACGUACCGAAAAGUCCACAAAAUGUAAAAGCAUUGAAGGGUCGGGGAAUAACAGCGACAGCAAUGAUGAGGAUGAGAAUGGAAGCAUUGAUUUGAACAUCAGGGAUGGAAGUGACAACGGAAGUGGGACCCAGAGUUCAUGGUCAAAACGGGCCAUUGAGGUGGAAAGCCCACAACCCAUGUUGCCUUGGGAUGAAUUACCUGAACCCCCUGACAGCACUUGUGCUCAGGUUAUUCAUUCCAGACCAGAAGCACAAAGUGCAAAUUGGGUUCCUACAAUUGCCACCAGAGAGUACCAAGAUGAGGAGGAUGAACAGGAAAAUGUUCCAAUGGGAAAGGAUCUACAGAUAGGAGUACCUAGGACUCCGGAUUUACAGCUUAAUGGUCCAACCAGUAAAGCAUUGGAUGGUGAUGCGAGUGCUAAGAAGGGAAAACUUGUGAAUGUAGACUCCUCAAAAGAUGACGAGAAAUUGAUUGGAAAGCUGGAGCUUAACAUGACUCGAAAGAAUGAGUUAAAGGACAAGGAUAAUGGUCAUGUAGCUGCCAUCGCCAUCAAAGAUAAUCCUCUGUUGGAAAUUACUGCCAAUGAUGUCCCCACUGAUCCAUCCAAGAUAACUAACACCAAAGAAAUAGCCACUUAUAACACCAAGGAGAUGCCAUCCCUUGAACUCAGUUUGAAGCAACACAGAGAAGUUGGAGAGACUGGAACCACAGUGCUAGAACGCAACGUACUGAGGCAUUCGGACCACCUUUCAGCUUUCUCAAGGUAUGGCACUACUUCAACUGCUAAUCAGGCUCAAACUGGAAAUGUGGGCAGCUGCUCUCCUGUUAAUAAUAGCGGCUCUGAAGCAGCAAAAACAGAAUCAUUGCAGAAUUUAAGAUCUAAUUCAAGCAGUAUGCCCAAUCAGCGCUCCAAUGGCAGUAGUAACAACAAUGAUAUGGGCUCAUCAACCAAUAACAUUUUUGUCAAGGCAGAGGCAUUUGCUGACAAGCCAAUCAAUAAAUCUUCUGCUGUGAAUGCACAUCCCUGCUCUGCAUUUCAGCCAGUUCAGCAAGGACAAAAUUCUUCCCUUCCAGGAAAAGGUGAUUCCGCCAAGGCAGCAUUGGCCCAGGCAAGGGCCAUGCAGCAGCAGCAGUAUCAAGUUCAGCAUCAUCAUCACCAUUACCAUCACCAUCAUCACCAUGUGCAUAACAUGCAGCAGCAGCAACAACAACAACAACAGCAGCAGCAACAACAACAGCAGCUCCUGAAUGAAGAUUCUUUGCCUUCUAGAAAAACUGUUGCAGAUGGAGCCGGACCCUAUAUGUUAGGUACACUGACAGAUGGAAAUACGAACUAUGGAAGUGCAUCGGGAAGUAACAAUGCAAGCAAUGGGCAGAAUGAAAGCAACACUGCUGUAAUUGCCGAGGAAACUAACAUGGCUACUGAAGAUGGAAUAGCUGGAAAAUGCACGGUUGGUGGAGAGAGUGGUAGUGGUAGCAGAAGUGGAGUAGACCAAUGUCGACAAGCACAAAGGGAGGCUGCCUUGAACAAGUUCAGGCAAAAGCGAAAAGAGAGGAACUUUGAUAAAAAGGUUCGAUAUCAAAGCAGAAAGAGACUGGCUGAACAGCGGCCACGCAUCCGAGGACAAUUUGUGAGCCAGUCCUCAGAUAAAACCAAAACAAAGGAUACAAAUUGCUGACCCCUGCCCUGUCGCUUGAUGGUGCAUGUGUAUUAUGUACAUGAUUAGCAUUGAUCGCAUAGAUAGGGAGGCAGCAGUUUCAUGUUUCUAAGAAUAAGACAUUUCUAAAGACUAGAAUGAGUGAAGAACCACUGAAAAAUGUAUUCUUGGGAACUUUUUUGUGUGGUUUAUAUGACUACUAGGUACUGAUUGAGGGUCAUGGACUACCCCCAAACUACUACUUGUAUUUCCUAAUAAAAUUCUUCAAUGUAAUGUGACGGAUGUCUCUAGUGUUUGUUGUUGUAAUGUAAUCUUCUAUUCUCCUUUAA